AGUGGCGGGAGUCGUGAGCAACAGUUCGACGGUGGCGCCGCCUGGUAGCGGCUAGCUUGCGUCAACAUGACCUUCGAGUCCAGCUUGACGAAUCUGUUUGCGGAUCUCUGUCGCAAAAUUGGCAGCGAGGACGGCGCUCAAGAAUGUACGAGUCUUCGCCGCGACAUCGACUUGAAUGCGUAUCCCUCCCGGCGUUUGAGGACGUGUCAAAGGUCACUCCGCGUGAAGGGACUGAAAGCUAAGCUAUACAGAAAGCUCUUCCAGUGCCUUCCGGGGCCUCUCAGAGCUGAAGGAGGAGGAGGAGGAGGAGGGGUCACGUGUGGCAGCGGUGGGGAGGAGGAGCCAGGAGCCGUCGCCACGCUGCUGGGAGCGGCGUUUGAGCUGAGGCAGGAGAGGCUGUUUGAUCAGGCAGACUCACUGGAGGAAUGCCUCGCACAGCUAUGCAGCUCUCACAAUGGGAAGCCAUGCAGUGUGAGAGAUGAGGAUGCAGCGAUACUGCGGAUGCUGCUGAGGCUGAGGAACACGGACGCGGGCGGCGCGGCACGGCCGGACGAGGGGAGCGGUGACAUCAUCGACCAUCUACCCAGACUCGUCGCGUGUGAGGCGGCGGGCGCGCCCCACACGACGCAGCAGCUUUACGGAGAUGCAUGCAGCCGACGCUACUGCGACCCUCUCGAGUACAUGCACUAUCCAAGCGAGAUAUUCGAGCGAGUGCCGAUCUCCAGUGACUGGACGCCGCGCCACGACCCGCGCGUCUUCUCCGCGUCGCCCGGAACCGACGCCAGGGGGCGCGACCUGUUCGCGGGGCGCACGGCGGCGGAGGCGCCCUCGCGGCACAUGCUGCAGACGUCUGCGUCGUUGUUCGGAGCUCUGGUUCGCGGCCGCGGCGCGCGGGGCGUCGACGUGAGGCUGCGCAUACCGCGCCUGGACGAACGCGCGUUGCUACGGUUACCCGAACAAUGCAAGGCCAAGCCCUCUGAGGAUGCUGAGGAGUUCUCGUUAGUGGGAGGAACGUGUGUGACGGGUCUGACGCCCGAUUCUGUCGCAGACAUGCUCGCUGACAGUGUCCAGUGUGGCACGUACUACCACAGGCUGGCUGAGUUCUCGCGACGACCUCUCGUGGACUCCGGCUACACGGCAGGUCUCGUGUUCGCGGCGUACCUGGGCGGCGUGCGUGCGUACCUGCACGGUUACCGCGCGUGCGUACUCGCCGCCCCGCGACACACAAGCCUCCUCAACACCACACACCUGUUCCAGCGCCUCCGCGCACAGCUCAGAUUCCUUGCCCAGCUGUGCGUGCUGGAUAGGAACAACGAUAAGGAACAAUCUUCAGCUAAAUCCUCGUUUCCAACGGGAGUGAAGCUGCUGUCGUAUGUCUACCAGGAGGCGCUGCGAAACUCUGCGUCCGAUGUUCACGCUGUUCUCUUGUCACUGCUGAAAGCGAGCUGCGAACCGUACCUGCUCUUCGUCAAGGAGUGGGUGUUCCACGGCAUCUGCCGCGACCUCUACGGAGAGUUCAUGCUGCAGGUCAACGAUGGCUGCCUCGCCGCCAGGGACAAGCGCUACUGGACGCACGGCUACAGCAUGGUGGGCGGUGGCGACACAUCGGACGCAGUCCCACUGUUCCUCACGGACCUCUGCAGAUCCAUCUAUGUCUGCGGCAAGUCCCUCAACCUGAUGAAGCUCUGCUGCCCAGAGCACUACAUAUGUAACGUGGACGAGAGGGCGCCACCGCUCAGCAUCACGUUCUCGUCGCGCGACCUCGGCUGCAUCGACGCUCGUUGCCGUGACUACUCGUCCCACGUUCGCGCGGUCGCCGGAGUCAGGUCGUCACGGCGACGGCAGGAGAUGCGACUAGCGGAGGAAGCCAAGAGGGAGUCUGCGGAGAAACUGCGACAGCACUACCUCAAAGAGAUGGCCAGGAUCAAGGGCAGUCUGGUGGAAAAGAGAGGGGAGGAGGAUGCAAGGAAGCGGGAGAGGUUCCAGGAAUUAAAGACGCACAUGGAGGAACAGAAGAAGCGGAGGCUGGAGCAUCAGCAGCAGGAGGCUGAGGAGGACACUGCUAGGAUGAAGAGACUCAGUCAGCGUGAGAUUGAGCUCGGCACCCUGGAAGCUGAGUUGGAGAGACAAGCCAGGGAGGAGAUGAUUGCUGACUACGAGCGCGUCACAGCCAAGAUGGCGGUGCGAGAGCGUCGCGCGAUCUGGAAGACGCGUCGCCUGCGUCUGAGCGGACGACGAAACCGCUUCCUGCGCGACGACGCCUCGCGCCUCGACGAGCAGCUGCGGAGGCUGAGGAACUCCGCGGAGGAUGCUGAGGAGGAUGCUGAGGCUGUGGAAGAUGCUGCAGAAGAAGCUGAGGCUGUGGAAGAUGCUGAGGCUGUGGAAGAUGCUGCAGAAGAAGCUGAGGCUGUGGAAGAUGCUGCAGAAGAUGCUGAGGCUGUGGAAGAUGCUGCAGAAGAAGCUGAGGCUGUGGAAGAUGAGGAUGAUGCUGGGGUCGGCACGACAACGCCGGCGGCUGCGUCCGCGGACGUGCGGCACCUCCUAGACUCGUUCUUCGGCGGGGCCACAGAGGGCGCCGGCGUGCACAAGGAGCCGGGCGAUCUUCUACAGCUGUCCACCAGCGAGGGCGCCUUCGUCACUCGCAACCUGCUUGAGUUCUCACUCGCAUCGCCAGGGGGCGACGUCAUCAGCCCCGAGACUGAGCGAGUCCAAGAGAGGGCGCUGAUGACGUCUGCGGCGACGUGUGCCGUCACCAGGAGGCGCUGGAAUAAAACCGAGGCGGCGAGUAGCGUAGAGCGAGAGAUUUGCGACGCCGCCGUAGACCAUGCUCACCAGGUGGCGACGGGAAGGCUGCUCGAUUUGACGGCCGCGGAUGAAGCACCAGCUCCCCCUGGCCACGACGCGGUGCGGGCGACGUUGAAGCUAGUUGAUAUCACGAUAGACGUGGCAGAGCGUAAUCCCGUGGCAACCGAUCCUGACGCCAUGGCAACCGAUGCUGCUAUUGUGAUGACUGGACUCCUCCCCAGAGGCAGGAGCCUGGAUCAUUCCGCAGAUGCGCUUCCGACCUUGAAUGCAGGCAAGGACGUUGAGAACGACGAAACAAGAGAACGUGCCUUGCCCGGCACGGAGCAAGACAUCUUCCGUGAGGCGAGUCCCAACCAGCCCGCCCAGGUGGCGCCGGUGAUGCGGCAGGUGGCGCCCCGCAGUGUCGGCAUCCCUCAUCUCGCGAGGACCACGCCUCGCCGCGUCUCGGACGAGACGUCGCCCCGUCGUCGUGGCGACGACGAUGCCGGCAUCCCGCGCAGGAUCCGCACGUCGUGGCACGUAUCCGAGAUGUCGGCGCCGCCACCAGAGGGCGCCGCGAUCCCGCGCAAGGCGAAGACGUCUCGCCGUGUGUCAGACGAGAGCUCGACGGAAUUUGCUCACAUUCCCCUGAAGGCGCGGACGGACCGUCACGUGUCGGAGACGACGGUGGCGCCAUCUAACGACGACGCGAUCCCGCGAAAGGCGCGGACGGACCGUCACGUGUCGGAGACGACGGUGGCGCCAUCUAGCGACGACGCGAUCCCGCGGAAGGCGCGGACGGACCGUCACGUGUCGGAGACGACGGUGGCGCCAUCUAGCGACGACGCGAUCCCGCGGAAGGCGCGGACGGACCGUCACGUGUCGGAGACGACGGUGGCGCCAUCUAGCGACGACGCAAUUCCGCGGAAGGCGCUGACGGACCGUCACGUGUCGGAGACGACGGUGGCGCCAUCUAACGACGACGCGAUCCCGCGGAAGGCGCGGACCGACCGUCACGUGUCGGAGACGACGGUGGCGCCAUCUAACGACGACGCGAUCCCGCGGAUGGCGCGGACGGACCGUCACGUGUCGCAGGAGAGCGAGACGGAUGCUGCGCUGGUCGCCAUGAAACACGAGCAGACGGCGGCUCAACGUCCUGUUGCCGUGGCGACCGCCACGAGCGUCCUUCCAUCGCCCGAUCGCACUUCCGCCGGCGAGAGCGAAAAACCCUCGGAGGAGGAGGACGCCGCGAGAGUGCCGCUAGGUGGCAGCACCGGUGCGGCGGCGAUCGGAGACGAGCGCCUGCAACAACGGAACGUUCACGGUCAUGCGUCGGACUCCACCGUUCAGCAGCUCAUGCGACUGGGAGACGACGUCGCCGUCAGGUGUCGCCGCCGGCGCACGAAAACAAGCGAACGUGACGACGCCUCUGCCCGUCUCGGCGCCGCGCUGCCGGUUGCCGUGGCGACGACCGAGGGGAAAGUACAGAGACGUGCUGGUAUCAAGCUGGUGAACGCUGCCAUCGUCGACUACUUCAUGGCCGACCUUGGCCUUGUCGAGCACUUCCUGACUCUGCGCCGGUUCCUAUUCCUGGAGGACGGGGAGUUUGGCCAGCGACUCAGCGAUCUGCUGUUCGAGAAGGUGAGCAGGGGAGCAAGACCACGAGAGCUGCUCAACCCUGUGGUUCUUCAUCCGUUGCUAAGCGACGCGCUGCGAUCGUCGUUGCACGGCGACAGCGCACACGCCGACAAUCUAGGAUUCCUCAUCAAGUACAUGCCGCGCGCCUUCAAUCAGACAGCACCAGACACCUUCGACUGCCUAGAACUUGCUUACAAGGUUGACUGGCCGUUGAACGUCGUUGUGACAGGGGCCUGCAUCGCCAAGUACAACAAGGUGUUCUGCUUCAUGCUGCAGCUGAAACGCGUAGUCUGGUCCCUGCAGGACGUGUGGCACUGCCUCAAGAGCAAAGAGGUCAUCGAGGUCAUGCACGUGAUGACCCAGCUCGACCUUGAACUCCUGCCAGGUCGCCUGGAUGAUCUGGUUCGCGCGAGUAACAUCAGGCUUGCCAGCGCGGGCAGCUUUCUUCUUCCCAGGUGUUUGUUGAAUAAGAAGGCAUCCCCGGUGAUGAAGGUGGUACGCGACAUCUUCUCCCUCAUCCUGACCUUCUGCGUGCAGCUGACCUCGUUGCCGUGGAAACCGGAUCCGACGGGUCGAGUGAUGAUUCAUCCGGCGUUUGAUAAGAUGAAGGAAUCCUACAAGACUUUUCAACAAUACUCCAUCUUCCUGUAUCAAUUGGUGGGCAAGCUGGCAUCGCGUGGCUACCAACCACACCUCUACAUUCUCCUGCAGAGCCUCAACUUCAACAACUACUACGUCGCCUGCGUUACCGAGAACACGUGAUCACCGCGGCAACCACCUCGCCGUCGCCGUGACGACGCGGCCCCGCGUUUGUCUCGUCAUCGUCGUUGACAUUAUUUCGUUGUUGCUGAGUGACAGAGAGAGAGAGACAGAUAGAGGAGAAGGACAAGAGAGAUGGAGAGAGUGAGAGAGUUCUAGGAAACAGA